CGUGAUACCCGUGCCGUGCGGAAUGGUUUUCAACUAUUUUCCUUAAAAAUCUAGUAUCUAAUAUAUGUCAACAUGUUGAACCAAAGUGAGAAUUACAACAUCAUGCACCUUCCUUGGGAGAAUGCGUUACAAAAAUGUCCAUAAUUGUACAGGGAGUCAUGUUUCAUUCAAGGGAUACGCAUUGCCCCACUUGGAAGCUCUGCAUUUCGGAAGCUACUUGUGGAAAAACUUGUGUUCUUGUUCAAUGUGUUGAGAAUUACAACAACAAUAAUUCUCAACAGUAUUUGAGAAAUUUUACGUCUCGGAGCAAUACUCCAUCUUUACAAGUUUGUACAUGCCGUGGAAUUAUAAUAUUGGUUAAUUGGCCAGUAGGAAAAACGAUGAAGGUAAAGACGUGAAUAUCAGAAUAUGUCGCCUACCGAACCCACAAUACACUGCAAUAUGAUGCGGACUGCUCAGUUUGGAAGUCCUAUAUGUUGAAGACUACACGUAGAACAACGUUGGACCCACUUAAAAAUCUACGACACUAUAUUUUUAUAAAAAUGCUUAAACAGUUGAUCAUGUAAGACUUAAGACUCAAAAAUUUCAAUAAGAUACACUGUCUCGUUUUCAAAAUAUUUGGCUUGAAAGUUGAUAAACAUAGUUUCUGUCGUAUUAAAG